AGCAAUAACCCAUUGUUCCAUCAGGCAAGGCCACCUUGCGAGGCACCCAUGACCUCUGCCAAAGAAAAUGUUCCGGUGGCGCCCCAAACGCUGCCUCGACAAAACAGUAGCAGCGGCAGCGCGCAUCCUCUGCCUCCGCUGCGGCCCAGGAUGGCCAACGGCGCCACUGAGCCGCCGGUAAGCGGCGUCCUCAAGUGCACGUGUUUCCGCCUGCCCAGCCGCACCAAGAAGCCUCUGCCGCCGUCUCCGGCGCCGAAGCUCAGCAGCAGAGCCAGCCGCAGGAGCGCAGUGGCUCCGGACUUGUCGGCAACGACGACGGCGUCCCAGUCCCAGCGGGUCACUUUCCGGGCGUCGGCGCCUCUCUCCACGUGGUGGCCCUCGUCACCGUCAGCCGUCUCUGCUGGUGCCGGCGCCACCGCCACUCCAGCUCCUGGUGGCAGCGGCGGGAUCGCCGUCGCGCCGAGGAGGGCGUCGUCGGCGUCCGUGGCACCGACUAUGAAAGCCGGUGCUGGGAGCAUGUCGUCCUCGUCCUUCUCGCACUGGCGCUGCCGGUCGCUGUCGUCGUCCCGGGUCAUGCCGCACGGCGGCCGCGCGUCCUUCUCUUUCCCCGUGUCGCCGGCGUCCGCGUCGUCCAGCUGCGUGAGCACGCCAAAGAUACCGCAAGGGUGGCAGCACAAGUAGCUGGCGUUCGUUCCUUCGAUCGGCGCCUCAAGGGUGGCAGCACAAGGGUGGCACCAUGCUCCGUGUGUUUCGUGCGUACGCUGUAUUUAACACUGGGUAAUUCAUCAGUCUGUCUUAAAAAAACGAGAUGAUGUGCGUCGUGAGUUUUCUUUCCAUACAGAUAAUAUAUAUGUACCGCUGUCAUGAACCUAUCAGGCUGUCAUCUUUCAAGUUGGCUAGGUACUUCUUUCUUGUUGUUGCCUCUGUAUGAAAAGAAAACGAACUAGCCAGCUGGUCAUGUAGUCA